AUGAAUACAAGGCGGCGAUCAUGUUUGUCUCCAGAAAUAAACUAUACAUACUUAGAGCCUGUUAAGCUAACUCCUACUGAAUCUGUUUCGCCCCCGUUUUCUGCGCAAAGUCUUCGUUCAGCCAAAUAUGAAAGUGAAUAUUUUCAGAAAAGUCCUCAGUGCGAUGUAAACUCUCCAGUCAGUACAAGCCCUACUGAUUAUACUGGUGUCUCUAAACAUUCGGGACAAAGAAGUCUAAGACAAAGAACUGCUUCAGGCACGCCAUCAGAACCGUCACAUGCCACUGAAACGAAACAGUCCACUUCCUCCACGAAACCUCGUGGAUUGUUGAACAGGCGACUACGGAGACCAUCAAAGGUGAUUCCAAUUUGUGGUCUAUGCUUGGGUACAGCAGAAUUAAACAAUAAAACUCAAGCCCCAGAGGAUAUGAUCGCCUGUUGGGAAUGUGGACAAUCAGGUCAUCCUACUUGUCUGAAAAUGCCACCAGAUCUGGUUGCUCGUAUUACACAGUUACGAUGGCUUUGUGUCGACUGUAAACGAUGUUGUUUAUGUCAACCGAAUGCAGACAGUCAGAAUGCAACAGUUGACAAAGAAGACAAUCAGUCAGACUUACUACUUUGUGAUGUUUGUGAUCGAGGUUUUCACUUAAAGUGUGCUGAACCGGAUAUGUCAGAGCCUCCUGAAGGUAUGUGGACCUGUCCAAUAUGUUCACAAUCUGCUGAUAAUCCGUGUAUGGACUUAGAUCCAAGAUUACGUUCUAUUCAAGUUUGUGAUCAAUUAACUCAACAUGAAAUCGACUGGAUGAAGAAAGCAGCUAAUGUCAGCGGUGCUUAUCUUAUAGCCCCGUUAUCUUUCUCUUUUCAACAAUCACCAGAACCUGUAAAACAUCAUAAUGCUGAUAGUGAUAUGCUGCAAACAGUUAAGCCUACCUCUCCAGCUUUAUUGAAGUCGGAGCCUCCACUGUCGUCGCCGCCGCCUUAUUCAUCACCGGAAAAAUGUCAAGCUGUCAGUAAUGAUGGUGAUGAUGUAGGCAAAUCAUCUAAACGCUUGAUUCAAAAAUCGUUAACCGACUGGACUGUGAAUUGUAAAUCCACUAGAAAGUCAACACAUUCCAUUCCGGAUUCUGUUGUUCAAGCUGAUGAAAAAAGUACAAGUCAAAUAUCGACUGGUAAUGAAGUGAAGAAAAAUAUCAGCCCACUUGCUCUUAGAAGAGUUUCACGUACUCGACGUUCUUCUAUGUGUGCUAGUUUAGCCUGGCGAGGUUUACUCCGUUCUUGUGAUAGACCUAAGUCAGCUUCUGUACAGUCUGUUGAAAUGGAUAUAGAAAAACAUGGAAGUCGUCAUGAGGAACAAGACGAAGAUGAGGAAAAGGAGAAGGAGGACAUCGACGAUGAAGAUGAUGAUGAUGAUAAAACAGAUAUUUUAACUGAGGAAAAUAUUUCUGCAAGACGCAAGACUACUACUACUACUACUACUACUAUGAAAAGUUAUAAAUCAGUUAAAACUGAGACUAAGCAUAAACGUUAUUUCAAACGUGCAUUAUCACCUCGUAGUUUUGGAAGUUUUAUUCAUCGUAAAGCAAAAGAAAGUAGUACAUCAGUACUACAGCUAACUGAUCAGCUGAGUCCAUCACAUUCUACGAGGAGUGCAACUUCUCUUGGCUUUGUUAAUCGUGAAUUACUGCCUACAACUACAGGAAAAUCAGAUCAAAAGCAAGCCAAACAUGAUAUAUCUGAUAUGCUGAAGUCACCUAGAUUGAAGACAAGACAAAGCUUAUUGAAACGACCUUUACAACAAAAGUUAACCACCAGUUCACAUGAUCAGCCCAUUCGUCAACUACGUGAAUAUACUACUGGUAGAAGUAUCAGUCAAUUCAGUAGUAAUCGUGGUAUUGGUCGCGGUCGUGGGCGUGGUCGUGGUGUACAAAGACAUAUCAGUAAAUAUAAAAAAUCUUAUUACUAUAGAAAUAAGAAAAAAUCAUUUAAGCGUCGAAUUACUUCAGAUGACGAGGAAAGUGAUGAUGAUGGCGAUGAAGAAGAUGAAGAUGUUGAUGGAAGAGAAUACGAAGCAGAUGCUGAUGACGACGGCGACGGUGAUGAUGAUGAUGAUGAUGAGUCAAAUGAAACUGUUGCAGCUGCUCAAAGUGGUCGAGUGGGCGGUGGUCUACUUCGAAGUAGUAAAUUGCCGUCAAAGUUGGCUAAGGCUGUGACAACUCCAUCUGGUGAUAACAAUGCAGAGAAUUUGUCUACAUCAAAUAAUAAUAACAAUAAUUAUUUUGAUUCAGAGAAUGAUGAAGCCCCUGAAAUGAGUGUUAUAUCAGAUGAGAAUCGUGCACUGUUCAAUUCAAUACAGGCGGAUGUACAAGCUUGUCUGCCUCAACCACUUGAAUCAAGCUUAGCCCUUCCACCGGCAAAUAAUCCAAGACUUUUAGCAGCUAUGGAUAAUUCAGCAUUGAAUUUAUCCUCAAAUGAUCAUCGUUCAAAUUCUAAACAACAUCAACAACAACAACUUGAGAAAUCAGAAGAUCCUCGUUAUCCGCCUCAAAUACAAUUUGGUCGGUAUAUUAUUACCACUUGGUAUUCAGCUCCUUAUCCAUCAGAAUAUGCGAGACUCACACUGUUGUACAUAUGUGAAUUCUGUUUGAAGUAUAUCAAAACUCGUAAUGUUUACCUACGGCAUAUAGAAAAAUGUCCGUAUAGUUUCCCGCCUGGCAAUGAAAUCUAUCGAUGUAAAAAUAUUUCAGUAUUUGAAGUUGAUGGAUACACUUCCCGAUUAUACUGUCAACAACUGUGUUUAUUGGCUAAAUUAUUCUUAGAUCAUAAAACGCUGUAUUAUGAUGUUGAACCAUUCCUUUUCUAUGUGGUAACAGUACACAAUGGAGAGGAGGAUGAUAAUCAUAAUGCUGAUAACAACAACAACAACGAUGGUGCUUCUGCUUCUUCUACUGGCGGACGUGGUAGCAAAACAAGCAAUCAUCGACGAUGUUUUCAUCUAGUUGGUUAUUUCUCUAAAGAGAAACGUUCUGCACAAAAGUAUAAUUUAAGUUGUAUUCUAGUCUUACCACCGUAUCAAAAACAAGCUUAUGGGAGAUUUUUAAUUGAUUUCAGUUUUUUAUUAUCGCGUAUUGAAGGACAACCUGGUUCACCUGAGAAACCAUUAUCUCAGCUAGGCAGUCUUUCUUAUCAAUCCUAUUGGCGGUCUAAAGUCCUACCGUUUCUUUUAUGCUCAAUUAAAGAUUGUAAACUAGCCGCUGGUAAAUCGAAUCUUCCCAAUGGUGGUGGUGGUGGUGGUGGACGAGAUACACACGACUGUCUGUCGAAUUCAUUCGGUUCGAUUGGUUUUCGAGAUUUUGUCAUCACUAUUCAUGAGAUUAGUUCAACGACAGGGAUAGAUCCACAUGAUGUUGCUAGUACUAUUCAACAAUUGGCUACAACUAUUACAUUGAAUUCAGAAGGAAGACCCUUAAUAUGUUUCGAUUUAACGUAUUUACUACAACUACAAGAAAAGUAUGAAAAACGUUCAGUUAAUUGGAUUCCAAUUGAUGAAGAAUGUCUUCGAUGGUCACCUUUAAUUCAUCCUCAAGAAUUUGAUGUUUCUGGAGACAGUACUGGUGGAGGCUGUGAUAAUUCUGAUGCUCAAACAACUCAUGACAAUCCAGCGACUUCACCAACUGUUCUAAAAAGAAGUCAACACCUCCGCUCUCCUCAGCCUAGAACAUCACAUCCUAAUGAUGCUAGUAUUUCUGUAAACAACCACCAUCAACAACAGAAUGAUAAUACAACCGGCUCAGAAAUCCCGCGUAAACGUAGUCUACGUAGUAGUAGUAGUAGUAUUAUGAGUGGUAACAGUUAUAAUGCCUUUCAAAAUAUUUCAAUAGUCAACAGUGAUAAUUCCAAUCAUUGUAAUACGCAUAAUUCAGAAGGCGGAAUCAUCGAUACGACGUAUAGACGUCGUCUUCGUUCACCGGCUAGUUCAACUCAUUCAUCCUCGUUUCUUAAUAGCAAUAAUGAGUAUAUUUCACCAGGUACUGUAUCCGAUUUUGUUGUCACUAGUCAAAGAACACUGUUGAACAGCAGACGGCAAACAGAUUCUAUAGUAGGCACCACCACCACAACAACAACGAUGAACAAUACUCAUUCUUCUACUGCUACCACUAAUUUUAAUUUUACUAACUCUUCUAAUAAGCGCGUGUCUAAUAAUAAUAGCUCACGGAAAAAAGAUUCUAAGCUGAAACCGUAUCCUUCGCCUUGUCGUAAGCGGAGUUUCUGUUCAGAUGGUCCACGACCUCCAGAUCCACCAUCUUCACCUGGAGGAGGUGGAUUUGCAUCGUCGUCAUCGAAUACCAACACAAUAGCUACUAGAACUCGUCGUUUCUCGUAUAAUGCACCAACACAACGUUCUUGUACAACACGAAGUUCUAGUGGGGGUGGUGGUGGUGGUGGUACCAAACAGAAUGGUUUAUUCUCUAUAUUUAUGAAUAGUUGUGGUGGUGGUGGUGACUUUUCAGAUGAAAUGACCACGAGUAGUAGUAGUAGUAGUUCAGAGACAACAGAGGCGACGACCACCAGUACUACUACUACUACUACUGCUACAACGGCGACGACAUAUGCUAGUCAUAUUAAUUCAUCGCAUACUGUGAGAAAUAUGUUAACACCUCCAUAUGAUACUGAGGUGAUAAUGACAUCAUCAUCAACAUCAAUGGAUAGGCAUUUUAUGCUCGACUCGGAAUGUUUAGGCAUCUCUCCACUUCGUCCAUCUUUUUCUAGUUCACCGACAAUUCUACCGGUAAAAGAUGAUAAUGAUGAUGGGGAAGAGGAUGAGAAUUCCGGGAGUUGUUGUCAACAGAAUGAAAUGAUGAAUAGGCAUAAUCAAGAACAAUCUAUUAUCACUGAUGGUGGCGGUGAUAGACUGUCACUCAAUGCAUCAUCAAUACACACCCCCUCUCCGCCAAUGUUAUCAUUAGCUGAUGGGAUAUCAACUGUUGUUGACACUGAAAUGCCAUCAUCAUUGAAUGAUGUAACUAAUGGCGGAAAUGGCGUCAGUAAUAGUAAUAAUAAUAAAACUAACAACAACCGUCACCACAACAUCAGCAACAACAACAACAGUUUUUCCUCCCUAUCAAAAUCACGACAUUCUCUUGUCAGUGAAACAAACAAUAUCCCACCUCCAUGUUUAUCAUUUUAUGAUAGUGGACUAACUGUGAAUAAUAAUCAAUCAAAGUCUAAUUCUCCUUCCCGCGAUUCCUCCACCUCCCGCCAAUCAUCUGCUUCACAUUCAACAUCAUCGAGUGCAACAACUAAAGCUGUUGAUACAUCUUUAUCAGCGAUGAAUGAUGAACGUCUAUUCAGCGAUCCUCAAGGCUGUUGCAUUUCACAAGAUGUUAAAUCGCAUUUAAAAGUCCCCUUGUAUAUUGAUACUACUAAUCUAAAUGAUUAUGAAGAUGAUACUGGCAGCGAGUUGAUGUCUAGUCAAAGUCGACAGUCCUGCUCCUCCAACUCCUCUUCCUCCACCUCGUCCACAUCAUCGUCAUCUUCAUCUUCUUGUACAAAACACUAUCAACAACGAUAUACUGGAAAUCAUCUUUUGAUACAAGAGAAAUCAUAUAAUUUCACUAAAACUGUAUGCUCUACUACUACUACACAUUCUUCAUUGGCUGGUAUUCUCUCCAGCGAUAUGCUGUGUUCCUUACCACAUAAGACCACCUAUCACAAAUAUCAUCUUCAUCGAGAAAAUCAUCGAUCAUCACACCGUUCAUGGCCAUCAUCUCCGGUUCAGUUGAGUGCAGCAGCGUGUAAAUCUGCUCCGGCCAGAUUUGUUUUUUCAUCAAAUCAAUCCAAUCUGAUCGAUAAUUCUACGUCAUUUACCUCAUCGCUGUCAUCUUCACCACCGAUUCUCUGUCGUGCUGUAAACCACCACCAUUGUACUCCAAUCACAGCUCCAUCAUUGAUACCUUUCAAUACUACUACUGAAAGGAGUAGUAAUAAAACAGGUGCUGUUGACUUUCAUCUGUCAGUAGUAGUCAGUCGUCAGCAACAUUCACCCUUGCCCCCACCUUUAUUGUUAACCAAUCAUGAAAUUAUGAAGUCAGAGGCGGUGUCACCGAUUUUCAAUUCGUCUACUUCAUCUGCUUCCUUAUCAAUGCACUGGAGUCGGCAUGCAGAUAAUCGACCACCUCGUUUGUUACCAUUGAAGUUGUGUGAAGCAAAAUGCUCAAAUCAGACUGCUGAGGACCGUCCAGUCGACUAUCAGGAUCUGCCUUCCCAUCUUUCACUGCUUCGUCUAGUCGUGUAG